AUGUCCAACUUUCCUCAUUCAACCUCCAUCGCCGCCUCUCUGUCCACCUCGCCGUAUGCGGUUCAAUCGAAUCUCGAGAAUCUGAUCAACCGAGCUCGUGAUCAUCCUCAUCCACGACGAGGCUCUACAGCUACUCAUCCCGAUCAUCCAGAUUAUCACGAUCUUUCCCCUAGCGAGGAGACCGCUCCGGCGCUCACACCGGGUAAAAGAAGACCUUCAGCUGCUCCUAGCGGUCAUGGACCUCAUAUCGGUACGAUCCAAGAAGCCUCUUACGAAGAGAACGCGAUUAUCUUUCAUGAUGAUGAUGACAUCGAGGCGGAGAACGAACGAUCCGCAUUGUUAGAUCGGGAUUGGUCUUCUCGUCGAACGAGUAGAGCAUCAAGACGAUCCUACGGUUCGACCAGUGCACCAUUAGGUCAACAGAGAAUGGGAAGAAAACAGAAAUCGUUAGACGGAUUGAAUGGAGGUAUGGCCAUGACACCUAGUGGUACUACUGGAAAUUCAAGAUCGAGAUCUAAAGCUAGAACACCACCUAGGAAAGAUGGUCACCUUCAUCGACAUCAACACCAGGGUGAUUCUUCCGCAGCUCCAUCAGACGAAGAGGAAGAAGGUAUAGAAGCAGAGAGAAGAGGUAGAGGUAAAACUUCUAGACCAUUAUCCCGAAAUUCCAGUCCAUACGUAUCCGAAAUUGGACUUCCCUCCGGUCCAGCUGGUAGAAGGAUGAGCGUAACGGUUAGAAUGGCAGAUGAUUCGUCUGGAGAUGAAGGUGGUGAUGUGACUAGAGGAUUGGUGCAAUCUGCAGGAGGAGCAAUGUUUGGUGGGAGAGCGGGAUUGGGUCUUACACCUGGGACUGGCGCUGGGGCUGGUCCGAUGGAUCUGGAUCCUGUAGAAGAACUAGAUGCGGUUGAUCUUGAGUUACCAGUUGAUGAACAGGGUGUGGAAGUCAGAGUGUGGUCUGAGGCUUUGAGGGCCGAAUUACCUAUCAUCCUCCGAUCUUCUAUUCCCAUCUUCUUCUCUCAAAUAUCCGAGUGGUCAUUAAACCUCGCAUCCGUUGUUUCGAUCGGACAUCUAGGAACGACCGAGCUUGCAGCUUCCUCUCUCGCAUCCAUGACAGCUGCUGUAUCUUCCUUUUCAAUUUUGCAAGGUCUAUGUACUGCCAUGGACACACUCUUACCUGCCGCUUGGACUUCAUCUGACCCUUCGCGUGUUGGCCUGUGGACUCAGAGAAUGGCAGUCGUCUUGGCCGUAUCGAUGAUUCCCAUGUUCAUGAUUUGGUGGAAUAUAGAAGGUGUCUUAGUUGGACUAGGUCAGGAGAGAGACGUCGCUCAACAUGCUGCAAUGUAUUUGAGAUGGUUGUCACUUGGUAUUCCAGGUUAUGGUGGUAACGUCUUGAUGAAGAAAUAUCUACAAGCUCAAAACCUCAUGCACGUUCCCACAUACGUCUUGUUCUUCGUCGCUCCUACCAAUUUACUCAUGAACUACCUCUUCGUAUGGGGACCAGAUUUCUGUAGACUCGGAUUUGUAGGUGGUGCAUUAGCAACUGGGAUGUCAUACAACUUAGCAUUCAUCACUUCGUUGCUUUGGAUUGUGUUUUACGGACCUAGAGAAGCUUUCCAUCCCGUCAAACUGAAGCAUUGUUUCUCGAAGUUGGGUACGGUCACUUCGUUAGGUUUGGCUGGUACAAUCAUGCUUUCUUCUGAAUGGUGGGCCUGGGAAGCAUGUGCCCUUGCAGCAUCCAUUCUUGGUCCUGUCCACUUGGCAGCUCAAUCGGUGCUUCUGUCAACCGCUUCUACAUUCUACCAAGUCCCCGCUGCUCUAGGUAUCGCUGCUGCUGUGCGAGUGGGUAAUCUUCUAGGUGCAGGAAGAGGCUGGGAAGCCAAAUGGGCCAGUAGAGCGAGUCUACUGUGGAGUCUGAUAUUUGCCAUCAUCAACUCAUCGAUUUGUGUGAUUUUCAGAAAGAAUUGGGGUUACCUCUUCAACAAUGAUGCUGAAGUUGUAUCUCUAGUAGCUGAAAUCAUGCCUUAUAUCGCUUUGUUUCAGCUAUCAGACGGCAUAGUCUCGACUGCAGGAGCGGUCCUCCGGUCUCUCGGUUUACACACCACCGGAGCUCUUAUCAACUUGACAUCCUAUUAUGUGAUUGGUCUACCGUUCGGAUUAUGGUUGACUUUUACCCCUAGAUUCCAUUUGGGUUUAAUUGGAAUUUGGGUGGGUUUGAGUAUCGCUCUCGCUUAUGCGAGUUUAUUGGAAUUUUGGAUGGUAUGGAAAGCGAAUUGGACAAGAGCCGUUGAGAGGAUCAGGGAAAGAUUGGGAUUACCUGCUCAUGGACAAGUUGGGGAGGAUGGCAAAUGGGAUUUGAGAGAGGAGGAUAAUGGACAUGCUCAUGGACAUGGGCAAUAUAGGGAUGAAGAGGAGGAAGGUGUGAUUUAA